AUGGCAAAAUAUCAAGGAAAAGUUUAUCUUGGAUAUGAAGAAGAGAUGAUAACUGAAAGAAACAAGACCCAGUUGAACUAUUCAAUCAAUAAGAUUGGCGGCCUACCAAAUUGGCCCGCUUUAGAAAAUAUCCAAUUUUCAAUUAAAUGUCCAUUGUGCAGCUUACACAGGUUAUUAAUAGUUCAAUGUUAUGCUCCAUUGGAAGGAUCUAUUUAUCAUCGCACAUUGUAUGUGUUUGCUUGCAUUAAUCCUCUAUGCUGGACUCAAUCUGAAAGUUGGAGUUGUGUUAGGUGUCAAGUUCAUGAUGAACCAAGUAGAACUAACACAGUUGUGGCAAUGCCCAGUGUUGACUCAAAUAUGAGCUGGUGUAAAGGAUCAGAUGAUUGGGAUGAAAAUGAUAAUGGUGACUCAUCAAAUGGAAAUAUUAUGAAUAUUGACAAUGCCCCUAGUCCUAAUAAUGGCAUACAAAGAAAUUCUGAUGAAGAAGAUGAAAGUAAUUCAUAUGAUUUAGAAACAGUUGAACAAGCACUUGGAAACUUGCAAGUUGAUGCACACAAUGCCAAUAUGUCACCAGUUCAAGGAGCUGUAGGCGCUGUAGCCGCACCAGUACCAGCAGCAGAAUUAGAAGCUGAAGAUGAAUCUGGACUCGUCAUUGCCGAAACUCCAACUGCACCAAUGAACAAUAUGGCAAUAUUAUUUAACCAGACUGCAGAACUGCCGCCAGAUAUAAGAAGCCGCUUAUUAUGUGGACCAUUGCAAUUUGUAUCAAAAUACAUUUAUGUAGAAGAAGAAUGGAAUAAAAUAUCCAAUGAUGAUGACAAGGUCACUGAAUUACUUAACAAAUACAAAAGGGAUAAUGAAAUAGAAGUAGGCAGUGUAGCAGACAGAGUAGCCGGUGCAGGUAGUGAAGAAGAAUCAUACGAAGAGGCGGCACCAUUGCAUGGAGAUAAACUAUUCCAUGCAUUCCUCACACGCUUGCAUAAUAAUCCUGGUCAGAUAUUAAGAUAUACCAGAGAUGAACCACCACUUCUAGGGGCUCCAUUACCUACUACUGAAAAUGCAUCUGAUUCUCCCUAUAAGCCUACUAUUUGUGUUCGCUGUGGUUCUAGACUCAUAUGUGAAUUACAACUUGUACCGGCGUUCACGGAAACAUUACGCUUAUACCCAAAUAACACACAAUUAUCUCAUUUACACUUUCUAUCAGUUCUCAUUUUCACAUGCUCUCAAAGUUGCUGGCAACCCACUGACAAAUUGGUUGAGGAAAUGGUAAUUUUUCAACCUGAAGUCAUU